UUCGUUUCCAGUCCCCAAUUCCGGGGUCAAUGGCUGAUCGAGAUGGCAUGGAUGUUACCACAGAAUAGAAAUGGCAUUUCUAUUCUGUGUUGUUACUGUCUCGAGGUCGUAAAGGAAUCUAUGGCGGUGAAUUCGGUUUGACAAAGAGAGCAAGCAAGUUAAAGAUAGUUGCUCUUGCUUUAUCAUCAAAGCUGAAAUUAGAUUUUGAAUUCAAUUCGCUUGCUUGUUUUUGAAGGCAGGCAGGUUGGUAAUUUAGGCCGGAAAGAAUCGUAUUUUCAACAGGUGACUCUAAUGCGCAGCCGUAAUUGUACUAGCAAAAAGAGAUAGUGGAAUGUUGUUAUAUUUCUCAAAACCAAAAUGAACCCUUUCUUCCCUCAACAAAAUCAAGGAUUAUCGCCUUUCGCUCCUCAAUUCCAGCAGCAAAAUUUUCAACCUGCUGUAGGCCAGCCUUCGUAUCCUGUUGCCAAUCCCUAUCAAGCACAAGGAUGGCCAGGAGGGUAUGUAAUGCCUGGUUAUGCUCUUCCAUACCAGACAGGACAGUUUGGAAUGCAGGUUCCCAUGUCUCAGCAGCAGCAACAGGUCAAUCAUUCAGCUGUACAGAAUACUGUAAGCGCAGCACCACCCUUGCCUAAGUCAAAACCUCCUACAGAAGUUGCUCCAUUGCCACCACUACCAGAUGAAGUUCCAAAUGCCCCAGCACCACCACCACCUGAAGAGGAGCCAUAUCAAAAUGAAGCUAGUAAGGGAAGGCAGAUAAAUCAUCCCGUCAAAGUAAACACAAGUGCUAUUACAAGUUCUUCGCAAGGUGAAGAAGGUGCCAGUGUUAAUUAUAAAUCAGCAAUAAGUUCAUUGGCAGUUUCCAAGCAGCUUGCAAAUUCCAAUGAUGACCUGUUAGUAUUAAAUAAGCAGCUUUUACAACUAGAAAAUCAAAUGAAAAAAUAUCAGUCUGAAUACGAGAAGUGGUUUAAAGAAUUUUCUGCUUGGAGAAAACAGCAUGAGAAUCAUCCAGACCAAAAACAAUACAUUGAAUAUCAGCAAAAGUAUCAAAAAAUGAUUGAACAGCAGCAGCUAGCUCUCAAAGAGCAAUAUAUAGAGUUGCAAAAUCGUAUUAAGGCAAAACAGCUACAAGACAAAAACACUGUGAUGGGAAGCAAGGUUUCCAAACCAAUGUCUUAUGCUGGCAGUCAACAGGGUAUGGUUAAUCAAUCUACUGGUUUGCAACAGACUGGAACUACAUCAAAUAACAUGGCACCAUUCACUGCAGCAAGUAACAUAGUGUCCAACACCCAUGGAAGUCAGCGAGGGUCAUUGAUGUCAAAUUUUACUUCUCCUGGUUUUCAGAGAAGUACAAAUGAAGCAUCCUUUUAUCAAAAACAGACAAAUUUGCAAGAGACAAGAAGCCAAACUCAAGCAGGAAUUUCUGAGAACACCAAUAGAAAGCCAUUUUUGCACCAAAAUCAUGAUUCUUUUUCUCAAGCUGGGCAAGGGGAAGUAAAUCAGCAAGGACACAAUGAAUUCCAUAGGAGGGUCCAAGAUGAUACGGCACAAAGUUUGUACCAAAAAGGUUUUCAAGAACAGCAAGAGUUUAGGCAAGGUAGUCAGCCAAGUUAUCCAUAUCAAGUACAGUAUAGCCAACGUCAAAGAGGAAAUGUUCCAAGAUUUCAAGAAGCAACUAAUUCAAAUCCUACAAAUAUUUCACAGUCAGGGUAUGUUGAUAAACAUCAGGGAAGAUUCCAAUCCCCACAGCAGAUAAGACAACAAGGCCCACCCCAAACAGCACAACAAGGUUUAUCGCAGACACCUUUUGAAAGACAACCAGGACAACCAAUGACAUCACAGACAGGAAAUCAAGACAUGUCUCACACACAGAAUCAGCAGUUAUCCUAUGUAAGGCAUCCAGGUUCUACAAUAGCAAGACCACCUAAUAAUGCAAUGCAGAGUAGGUUUCAAGGCCCUAGGUUUCAAAGUAAGAUCCAAGGAGGACCUCCAAGAUCUCAGCAACCAAAUUAUGCAUCAUCAAUGACUGAAUCUAUCCAAGGAAAUUUUCGGGGUAAUAGGAUUCAACCUGAGGCUAAUAGAAAUGUUUGUAUGGCUGCACCAUCCCCUUUGCAAAAGCAAUCAAAUUUUGCCACAAAAGAUGCCUCAAAGAUACCCUCAUUGAUGUCACAAGCAAUACCAAAAAGAGAUUAUUAUGAUGAUGAGGUUGAAGAAGAUACAGAAAAGAAUAAAGACAAUAUACAAGGGCAUAAUAAGGAAGCCAUGCAAGUUUUUGGAUCAGCCAAUGCUAGAGAAAUGGCAUCUGAAGAACCUAAGAGAGGGCAAAUUGCAAAUAGCAACAUGAAAGGUGAAGACUUUGCAAGUGAUGACAUUUCAACUUUUAAGGAUUGGGAAGAUGGAUCAGAAGAUAUCCUGCCAAACCAACCGCCUUUGUCCCCAAAGUCAAUGAUAACAAGAAACUUUGGGAGUCAAAAUACUCCUGGUGUUACACCAUUACCAACAAAUAUGCAGAGAUUUGCAGCUCCACCCCGAGGAGAUAACACAAGUCAGCCAAGAUUGCCAGCUAGAGGUGUCUUACAAAGACCAAAUUUCACACCUCGUUUAUCCUCGACGUUUAGCCCUGGACAAAGGAUGGUUCGAUCAUUGCAACCAAGAGCUUCAUUUGGUAGAGGUCAGGUAAGACCUGCUUUGACUCCUCAGCAAGUUGAAAGGCCUGUGAGAGGAACAACUGCCAGUGGUUCAAAGCCAUCACCAUUGCAGAAGAUCAACAGUGCACCUCCAGUUGAACCACCUAAAGAGGAAGUAAACAAAGGGAAUGCUAAUGCUUCCAUUCAGGCAAAACAAGAAAUUGCUGCCCAGAAAACCAAUGCUACUUUACACCAAAGUGGUCCACAAGGCUCUCAAAGAUUUCCUGGCCCAGAUUCACAGCAAGGAAAAUCAUUUCCUCAACAAGGUUCAAGCUUUGGCAACAGAUUACAUCAAGGCAGCCAGGGAUCACAUGUUGCCAAUGAAAAUGAAUCAGUACAAGAUAGACUUCCAUCCCUUGUCCAUCAGCAUGCAAAUAAUACCUCUGAUACAAAGAAAGUAAUUUGCAAAUUCUUUCCUAAUUGCAAAUUUGGGAAAGCUUGCAAAUUCAAGCAUCAAAUAUGCCCAGAAUCUCUUUACUGUGAAAAAUCAGAAUGUAUUUAUGAUCAUCCUCAGCUGAGCAAGGCAGAAAUUGACGACAUCCAGCAUAAGAUGCGAGAGCGGAAAGCUACACAGAGGGGCCAAAACGUAAACAGGACAUUUGGACCCUCAAGAGAUAGUGGUGGGUUUAGACAGCCAGUGCAGAAUUUAUUAAGUGGAAACAGAGACAAGGUUCAGCGAGAUGGCAGCACUUCCUUUGAAGGAUAUUACGAUGACCCAAAUAUGACAAAUCACGAGGCUGCAGAGGGGAUGGUUGUGACGGAGAAUAAAAAUCAGCAAAUGAUGAGAUAUGGGCAUUCUGAUUACCAAGGAUCAAAUCAGACUCCUGUAGGGGACCAUCGUGGGGGUAAUUAUGGUCUAAGGAAUGAUUUUAAAGGUAACUCAAGCUAUCCCGAGAAACAAGUUCCGCACAAAGACAUUCAUCUAAGAGAAAAAAAUAUGGCUAACGAAAGAUAUUCAGCAAAUCGACUAUCUAGCGACAGGCCUGAAGAUAUAAUACCUCAAAAGGGUUCAGGGACAGAGCUUAGUAACACUGAGUCAAACAAAGAUGGACAACAAGGAACAAAUGAUGCCAAUAUGAUUGACAAAGACCAGAGUCGGGAAAGUGUUGUACAUAAUGAAGGUGACAAAGUGUUACCUGGUAGCCAAUUAGGGUCUGAUGUUUUAAAUGAAGAACGGUUGGAACCCAACAACAGGGAAGAAGAUCGUGGAUCCAAUGUUGAAGAUACUCGUGGUCAGAGUUUUCAUCAAUAUCAAGGUGAUCGUUCUCAGUAUAGGGAAAGAAUGGGGCCUCAAGAUGAGGAAAGGGAUUGGCAGAGAGCCGGCCGUGAAAGGCCUUUAGAUGAAAGGUAUGAAGAUUACGAUGGGGGUGUAGGCAGUAGGACAUUUGAGGAUUAUGAUAGACCAGCUUUUAAGGACGAUUAUUGUAGACCGCCCCUGAAAGAUGAUCCAGAAAGGUUGCCAUUGAGAGAUGAACCAUACAGAUACCCACCAGGAGAGGAAGCAUCAAGGUAUGGUCCUAGGCAAGAUGACUCGAGAAUGAGAGAUGAACGAAGUCGGUAUCCUAGGGUUUAUGCUCGUGGGGUUUCACCACCACGUUGGGAAUCUUUUCACGAUCAGUUUGAAUUUGAAAGACGCUAUCGUGAUUGGGAAAAGCAGCAUUUUCCUAUUGACGAUCCAACGCGAGAGUGGGAAUACGAAUUGAGACGAAGAGAGUUACUUGGUGCCACUAUCCCACCUCCACGUCUUCACGAGAGGGACUAUCCACCAAGGGAUUACUAUCCAUAUGGCCGACCCGUAAGACCACGUGAUCCAUAUGAUGUCCGUCCAGAUGAACGCUACUACCCAGGUGAUCGACUUCCCCCAAGAGAUCCUUAUUUGGAACGGGGGAGAGAAGGUUUCAGGCCAGCUGUAUUUGAUUAUGAUCAUUCAAGAAAGGGAGAGGCGGCACGACCAGUCAGCCCAUCCCAACGACCCUUGAGCCCCAGACCAUUAUCCCCAACUCAACUAAGUCCUCGGCGACUGGCCCAACGGGAAUCUAGUCUUCGAGGACUAAGCCCCAGACGGCUGAGCCCAAGAGGACUGAGCCCCAGACGCCUAAGCCCUAGUCGACUCAGCCCCCAACAUGGAAGACCAAGGAGCUCCAGUCCUAGCUCAAAAAGAGGGGACAGACCUCGCUCUUCCGAAAGAAAGAGAUCUAGUCCGUCAAGACGUUCACGAAGCCCGCUAAGAGCUCGAAGAAGAUCAAGGAGCCCAAGACGGAGGUCAAGAAGUCCUCAUUCGAGAACAAAGAGUCCCUCUCGUAGAUCAAGCUCUCGAAGGUCACCGAGCCCUAAAAGAAGAGACCGUAGCCCACAUGAUGACCGUCGUCGUAGUUCGCAUGAUAGGAUGUCACUUGAUCGUAGCUAUUCUCGUGAUUCUUACGAUCGAGACCGAUACGGUACUCCAUUACACAGGGAUAAUGUAAGGAGCUCAGGCGAACGCCGAGAUUCGAGGUUGAUGUUUGAAGACCCUUACUAUUCAAGGAUGGAAGAAAUCAAGCCGCCAAUGGAAAUCAAGCCUACAGAACCGGCACCAGAAAUUGUAGCAGUUAAAGACCUUCUUGAUCUGCCAGGCAGAGAAACAAGACCUAAACGGAUUGUCAUUAUAUUGAGAGGCCUCCCUGGAUGCGGGAAGACACAUAUUGCUAAGAUCAUAAAGGAUAAAGAAGUUUCAUACGGUUCACCGGCUCCACGGAUAUUAGCUCUGGAUGACUACUUCAUUCAGGAAACUGAUGUUUAUCAGAAAGACCCUGACACGGGGAAAAAGAUUAAAGUUAAGAAAAUGGAGUACGUUUACGAGGAGGAAAUGGAAGCUGCUUACAGAGUGAGCCUUUUGAAAAGUUUUAACAAAACGUUAGACAAUGGAUAUUUUCCGAUGGUAAUAAUUGAUGCUGUUAAUGAUAAGGUGGCACAUUUCCAGAAGUUCUGGAGUGAUGGCAAACACAAAGGAUUUGAGGUUUUCAUCGCUGAAAUGCACGGUGAUGUACAGGUUUGUGCUGAAAAGAAUAUUCAUAAUUGGACCCAAGAUAGCAUACAAAAGAUAAGUGAUAGCUGGGAGCAAACACCAAACCAUUUCAAACGACUGGAUGUCAGGUCUUUGGUGCAAGAUGCUGCAAUAGAGGAGGUUGAAAUGGAGGAAGUUGAACAACCUACUGUUGAAGCUGAGUCGAAGAAAGAAAAAGACGAGGAAGAGGAUGACGAUGACGAUGUCGACGAGGAAGACCUGGGCACUUUCCAUAUUCCUAAGAAGAGUAAAUGGGAGGAGACAAAAGAUGAACAGCUGGCAAAACUUGACGGUAUCCGCCAUGACAAAAACAAAAGGAAGACAUCAGUUCUUGAUCAUGAUGAUGAUUAUGACGUCUAUGAUGAUGAUCCAUAUGAUGAAAGAGAGGAGGAUAUGAGGAUAGGAAAGAAAAGGGUCCGCUGGGCAGAUAUAGAAGAGAGAAAGCAAUUGGAACACAGGAAGAGAAUCGGCUUCUGCAUUGGCACCGACUGGAGUGUGCUGACCGACCCAAAUGCACAGGUUCCACUGUGAGCUUACACGCCUUUCAUUCAAUCUUGCUAGUGACGCGGGUGAUGCUUAAAAGGACGUGGCUGAAUUUCUUGGGUCCAUUAAAUUUUAAAAGGUGAUUGCAUGUUAGAUUUUCUACAGAAAAGCUAUUUAGAUAUAGGAAUCCUAUAUUUAACAAGCACUCUUACCCCUAUGUCCCAGUUAUUCUCAUCCGCAACCCUAAACGAAUCGGUAUGUUUUGAAGCUCCAUUGUUUUAACUAUUGAAAAAAGAAAAGCCGGCGCGAUUCCGCGACUGGAACACGCUCGUCCCUGCGCUUCCUUUCCAAGUAAAAACCUUGCGUCCAAAUCUUUUCGUUGCAAGUGUUGUGUUACGUGUGACGCGAGCACGAUCAACGUUCGUUGUUUUUAAGCUUUAAACGCAUAUUUGCGGCUUUUUGUUCGCUGGAUUUAUUAAGAACAGACUGACUCCCAGUGCUACGAAAGACGCGUGUAUUGCAAGACACACAGCUUUGGUGCCUCAGAAGAAAGCAUGGAUUCGUCAUGUCUCAUAUACCUUACUUAUUUUUGCUUUUGUAGUUUUGUAGAGUGUAUAAUCACGUUACUAAUUA